GAGGGGUGACGUCACUGCAGCUGCCAUUUUGAUUCAAUGUACUUUGAGCGCUUUGGGAUGGUGUGAACUGCAGCUCCGCUAUAUAUUGUUGCGUUUAACGCCAAUACUUCCAAGCUGAGCAAAAUGCUUUCCGCAGCUCAGUUGCUCGAUGAGUUAAUGGGCCGAGACAGAAAUUUGGCCCCUGACGAGAAGAGAUGUAACGUCAAAUGGGACGACGAGAGCGUAUGUCGAUAUUAUCUGUGUGGCUUCUGUCCAGCGGAAUUAUUUACAAACACACGCUCAGAUUUGGGCCCUUGUGAGAAAAUCCACGAUGAAAAUCUUCGCAAAGUAUAUGAAAAGAGCUCACGUUACAUGAAGGAGGGAUACGAGCGGGAUUUUCUGCGCUAUCUCCAGUCGCUCCUGGCCGAAGUGGAACGGCGAAUUCGUCGAGGGCACGCUCGACUUGCACUUUCCCAAGCUCAGCAGAAUGCAGGGCAACCUCCUGCUCCAGUAGGAAAGAAUGAGGAGAAGGCUCAGGUUCUGACCGAGAAGAUUGAAGAUUUAGUCGUACAGAUUGAGGAGCUGGGCUCGGAGGGCCGUGUGGAGGAGGCUCAAGGAAUGAUGAAGCUGGUUGAGCAGCUCAAGGAGGAGAGGGAACUGCUCAGCGCCAAUCCGUCGACAAUCGAGAGCUUUGCAGCCCAGGAGAAACAGAUGGAAGUGUGCGAGGUGUGCGGAGCCUUCUUGAUUGUGGGUGACGCUCAGUCUCGGGUGGAUGACCACUUGAUGGGAAAGCAGCAUAUGGGCUACGCCAAGAUCAAAUCCACUGUCGAGGAGCUCAAGGAGAAAAUCCGACGUCGCUCAGAGGACCCGCAGGGGGAAAACCCGGCCGUUAAGAAAGACCGAGAAGAGCGUGAGAAGGAGGAACGAGAAAAAAAGCGCAAAGAAGAGGAGGAAAAGGAGAAAGAACGCGAGAAAGAAAAGGAGAAGGAGCGCGAACGUGAGAAGGAGCGCGACAGGGACAGAGAACGCGACAGGGAUCGAGACCGGCGGGCACGGCGAAGCCAAUCGAACAGCCGCCACUCCAGCCGAGCGUCAGAUAGGAAAAGAAGUCGCUCCCGGGAUCGUCGGAGGUCCAAGAGCAGAGACAAAGACAGGGAUCGUGAGCGCAGACGAAGCAGAAGCCGAGAUCGAGAGAGGGAGAGAGAAAGAGAGAGGGACAGGGACAGGAGACGCAGCCGUGACCACCCUGACCGGAAGCGACGCUCCCGCAGCCGCGACCGGAGGAGGUCGCGAAGCUCUGAGCGCCGGUCUCAUCGCCAGCGCAGCCGCAGCAGGGACCGAGACAGGGAGACAGAUAAGGAGAGGGACAGGGACAGAGAGAGAGACAAAGACAGGGAGAGAGACAAAAAGCGCUCAUCAAAAGAAAGAGAACGUAAGACGUCGGAGGAGAAGAGCAGCAACUCCAAGAAAGACAAGAACUCUAACGGCGAAGCAGCCGCCGUCAAGGCUUCCACCGAUGCGGAGCCGAUGGAGGCGGGGGCGGAGGCUCCCGCCUCGGCUUCCCCGCCUCGCCUUAACGGCCAGCAAGAGCUCCUCCUUUCUGAAGGUGACACUCAGUCCAAUUAAAACUGAUCUGAUAGGACCUCAGAUCAGACUCAGGUAAGUGUGUCCUUCUCCUCGCCCCCUGACUCCCCAAACCCUUCACACACUCUCCCUACCCUGCCUCCUUCUUUGCAUUCACUUCAACGCUGAAAAUGUUUGUCUGAUGUACCAUAUCCUGUUUUUGCAUCAUAAGUAUGCACUGAAGACGAAGAACUAGGCCCGAUGAAUGAGAAGAAGGUAGAAAGCAUUCACGCAAAGCAAGCCAAGAGGCAAAGGCCAGUGUAGCCCUGAGCAAACAUGCCCAGAGGUACCCCUCGUUUUGUAUUGCUUUUUGAUCCUCCGAGAUGUCAAAAGGAGCUGGAAAAAAAGAUGACAUUAUCCAGUUAACCUUCCACCAAUUUGGCAGUAUUGAUUCGACAUAGUUUACAAUUGGCUAAACGUCAAAAGUGUGUACCCUGAGGUGGGAGGAUUAUUUUUUUUUUUGUUUCAUAAUAAAUAUAAACACACACAUAGACCAGCAAAUGCCAUGCAAUUCCUUCAUGUGCCUGACAAUGCUUUGCAGUGUGUGUUUUGCGGGGUGGGCUGAUGGUGGUGGUUGGGGUAGUUCUAGGAGCCUUUCACGGACAACGUACCUUACUAACUGGAGGCUAGGGUUUAUGGCAUAAUUUGCAGCUGACUUCCACACCUCACAGCGUUGGUGUUGUGAGCGAGACCACAUGUGAAAAGGGCAAAUUAAAAAUGAAGGAUACUCUCUGACUGUCAAAGUGUGCAGGUACUCACCCCAGGUACUCCUUUCUCUACCCACAUCCUUUUGUCAAUGCUGUUGCCAAGAUUGUCAAUCUGUAUGUUGUUUAGCUUUCACCAUCAAGUUUUUGGAGAGAGACGUAAUUGAAUCAUGUGUUUGUCACAUCUGUUCACUUUCAUAACUACAAAAAUGAUGUCAUUUCAAAGCGGCGUCCAACUUUGUAGACAGUCGGUGAGCAUUUUCAGGCAAACCGUGAUGACAAGGCGUGUCAGAGGAACUUUGUCAUUUUUUGUGUGCCAUGUUCUUUCUGAGCCAGUUGUUUUCUAGAAAAGCCGUCGCUGAUCUCUUUUACUAACAUUCCAUUUUAUGACCAUGUUUGUCCAACAGGAGAUAUCCAUUGGAGGAAGAAGAGGAGGUCACCCCAGCCUCUCUUGGAUCCUGGCACGUCGCAGCUUAUAAACAAGGUGAUCCACAUAUGCGUAGUGGCUUGCUUAUAUCAAAUCAAGAACAUACAUGUUUAAAGAGGGAGGAAAAUAUGACUCCAUUGGUUUUCGUGUCUCUGGUGAUCUCAUAUUUGGAUGAGUCGUUGUGGUUAAUCAAAUAUGUAUUUGGAGGGGUUUCGACAUCGGUCGGACCUCACCCGAAAUACCAAAAGUGGUAGGCAGACUUCACCCUUUCCUUCUUUUUUUUUUUAAUUUUUAAACAAUCUCCCCUUUUUCCUUUGCAUUUAUUAAUACCUCUUAGAAGGAAAACAAUACUUGUAGUUUAUUCUGGUGUGUCAGGUGACGUCCUACUUCUUUCUGAUGAUUUCUUUUUAAACUUUUGAAUAAUGUAAAAUGUUGGCGGGGCAUGGCUCCCCCCCCUUCCACAUAGAUCUUAAGAUUUGCUCAUUUUGCUGUAAAAAAAAAAAAUUACUGGUUUCCGUUUGAUCCAUUCAUUUUGAUGGAAGGCUGAAGAUGUUUAGGUUUGGUCAGCUUCAAAUGUUCAAAUGUGGUCUUGAGAAAUAAAAGGUAAAAACUUGA